AUGCUUGCCACAUACCUAGUUCUUGCCGCACUGACCUUGCAUCUGAGACUCGUACAGUCGCACACAGGCCACAAGACAGCAAUGUUCUAUGUCAACAUCGGUAUCAAUGGCCCUGGAGAAGUUGCGCCACCCAACAUGUCCCAUCCAGUUGUCGCACCUUUCCAGAUCACCGGCCCAUCGAACCAAGAAUACCCAGGCUCUUUCUGUCUACCGCAGGUGCCCCUGGUGCCCAACCUUACGUUCAAUAUCGGCGACAACAUCACGAUCCAAGUCAUCGAGACUGCUCAGCACGGUGCAGCCAUCUACAACGUGUGUAUCCCCUCAUACCCGCUUCGAACCAGUACUGACGAGACUGUUAUANNGUGUGCAGAUGUAACGCUCGCAGAUCCAGCCGACGUGCCAGAAGUGAACGCAUCCAACUGCUUCAAUUCCUCAGACCUGAGCUUCCAAUUAAUCUACGCGACUGGCAAUCUCAGCAGCGGUGCUCUACCGACAGCAAUUGCAUCAUCGUCAAUGUCUCUGACGCUACCGGCCCUCGUAGCCAUAUUGACAUUCAUGUUGUGGUAA